UCAUUGGAAUUAUACACAAAAUACUCAAAAUAUAUAUUUUUACCAAUAAUCUACAUGCGCACAUCGCAUCCACAAAGGUCUCUGCGUGUGCCACAUAAUUUUAUAGUGUAACCAAUUACUUCAAAAUUUGUUGUUAUUAUUCGAGCGUGGUCAUCAGAGUCCAUUCAAGAAAGAGACACAAACAUACAUACAAUAACAAGCCAUAUACAUAUACGAUAAGUUUGCGGCUCUAUUGGCGCUGGUGGAGGUACUGGUGCUCUCGACUGUCACCAAGGAAGGUGCAAUCUCACCCGAGCUCCAGGUGCGGGACGUCUAUGUGUGUGUGUGUGUGUGUGCGGCAUACACAUAUACUAUAUUCAGUUGCUUCAAAGAAGUUAUUGUUGGCGCAUUGAGGGCAAGUGAAAACAUAUAUGUACAUACAUAUAUUGGCUCUAAAGAAAUCGGCAAGCAUCUUUGAAUUGCGCGCAUUGCUGCUGUCCGCUGAAGCGUGAAAUGGGUGCACGCUGCUUCGACAAAAACAAUAGCAGCUACCCAACGUGUUAGUGAAGAAUUAAAGCAGCGGAGAAUAGACAAAAAUAGUACAUUUGAGAAUUGUAGAAGGCCUGGCCAGGACAGAAGACAGAAGACAGAAUGGCUGAAGGCGAAGAAAUGGAGCUCAAGCCAAAGACAAAACGCUAUAAAGUGCGUGCCCGAAAACGCCGUCAACGGCAGAUCGCUUAUUAUGUUAUAUGUGGCAUUAGUGUGGCUAUAUUUGGAUUGGCGCUGGCAACUAUCAUACGACCGAUCAGCGCAGAAACCCCAGCAACCCCAGCUCCGGAUGACCCUGGUGAUGAAAGUGGCGAUGGAGAUGGUAAUGAGACCCUUGCUCCACCGUACUGGCGCAAGGGUUACGAGGGUCACGGCACCACCCACGAACAGCUGGGCCAACCCCAUUGGCCGCAGGUCGAAUAUACCAUUUACCAGUCAAAGAUUCCCUACAGCGAAAGUCAAACUUUCGCAACCGGGGGCAUGUCACCAGUAUUCAAUUUUACUCACAGCUUCUUCGAUGCAAUAAUAUCUGAUCAGGCCAUUCCAGACGGGUACAUUGUAACCAAAGGAGGUGACACCCUGGCUCUGGGACCUAAAGUAGAAGAAAACCAAUGGAGAGACCUAUUAGCCCACUACUGGGUGGUUUGGCUCCUAGUGUUAAUUCUGCUCAUUCUGAUAAUCGUGAUACCGUUUAUAGCUGUUUGCUAUUGUUGCUUCUGUUGCUGUCGCCGUUGUAAACAAGGAUGUCCGCCUUGCGACCGGAAGAAAGAUGCACGUCUUCGUUGCUGCUUCGGCUUCCUGCUACUGCUGCUCAUCAUCGGCAUACUUUUUGGCAUCAUAAUAGCACUGGUGACAAACAAGGUUUUGGAUCGUGGCUUCAAGCAGGCCACCCCAUCGGUGAAGCAAGGCACUGAGGACACAUGUAAAUACUUGAAGGAUGUUUCGGACCAUGUCUACCAUUUGCUCGUAUACAAUUAUCAAGAAUUGGAAACACAGCUCAUGCAGGAGCUACACGAUGCUCACAAACAUAUCUUCCUCGAUCUCUCCGACACUUCCGAAAGCUCUGCCAUUGAGGAGUUGCUGCGUAUUCUGACUAAUAUGCCUGCUGCACUGAAGCUCAUGCGCCAAUUGGAUGCGAUGAUUACGGAGGCUAGAUUCCUUGUUGCUCAGCUAAGAGAUGGUGUGCGUGGUGUUAAGCGUGACGUGAAUUUCGCGUGCAUCAACCUUUGUGGCACACAAGAUUGCAUCAACUUUUUGGGCAGCACCGAUAUCGAGUUUAUUGACAUGUCCCCUUGCAUACAUUAUGAUUUGGUACCGAACACCACUGCCUAUGUGGAGGCCAUGGAGGACAUUAUAGCAAGGCAGCUUGUUGAGAUACCGAAACGGGCACUGGUGCGCUUGAGGGAUAUUUCAUCCAAGAUCAGAGAGCACUUAAGGAUGCUCACGCCGCCGAUUAUUCGUGACUUGUCGGCUGGCCGCGAUGUCUUCCGCUCACAAGCGACCAACAUACGCAACAUUAUCGAUGCCGUCAUCAGUGACAUAUAUCUGAAUACGAUACAUUCAACGAGAUCGUUUGAGGAUGUGUAUGAGAAGUUUGGAUCCGAUCGCUAUUACAUUAAUCUUGUCAUUUGUUUUAUUUUAAUAGUUAUUCUAGUGAUAUUGAUAAUCGCUCUCCUGUUUGGCUGCUGUGGCAAACGACCCCGAGGCUGGCGGGAUCCUUGCUGUAACAAAGGCACCGGUGCCUCGUGUCUUCUAUUAGCCAUAAUCUUGAUAUUUAUGGUGUUCUCAAUCCUUACAUUAAUCGGUUUAUUCUACUUUAUCAUCGGCCUCGUGACAUACCAUGGCGCCUGUGCUCCAUUGAGGGACAAGACGGAAAAUGCUUUGUUCCGACAACUUGACUCGGUCGUAGAUCUUAAUAAAUUCAUGCCACGUGACGAUGGUCCACCAGCACCUCCAGGCGGCGGUGGCGAAGUUGCUCCUCCUGGAGCCGGCGGUGGUGGUGGCGAUCACGGUGGUGGCGAUCACGGCGGCGAAGGUGGUGGAAAACCGCCCCCUGGUGGUGAUGGUGGCGGAGGUGAAUCCAGACCGCCAAUGCAUAUGUCAGCGGCGAUCGCAGCGUGUGAAGCGAAUAAAACUAUAUUCCAAAUAUUGAGGGAGAACGGCAUUUACAACAUCGAUGAACUUUCUCGCAUCAAACUCUUGCAUAAGAGCGUAGACCCGGAUGGUAUGCCUGCUUUCGCUGAUGAUCUGUCAAAGGUGGAAAUUCUGACCACCGAUGAGAAGCAUCAGCUUCGUCAGUUGGCGAACAACAGCUUGGCGAACUAUCAUAGCUCGCAGUUUACAGAGUAUCUGUGUAAGCCUCUAACUCCCACACCGUUGCCCACCAUGGCCGGCAGACUGCGAGGCUUUGGUUCCGGACUGAGAAAUACUUAUUAUUUCGCUCAUAUCUCGUUGCUAAACGAGGCCUACAAUCUGGAGGUUUAUGAUGAUCAGUUUGUUACUAAACUGCAUGUUAUUAUUGACAAGUUUGAGGAUAUAGUCAAGGAGAUCGAUAAGCUGAUCUUGUAUGAGAAUAACAAUUUCAGUGCUUCUAUCAACAUACUAGUUGGUUCCAUAAUUCGAGCUGAGGAGUUCAUAAAAUCGCGUGGCAAGCAAUAUGUCAAUGAGCUGGGACGAAACCUUAGCGAAUGGGUCGAGGAGUCAGUCGACGCAUACAAAGAAUAUGUGAUUCAUGAGGGAGAUGUUAGAGUGGGUCCUUGUGGACCAUUGGCGUACCUAUAUCAUCGUGGCGUCGACCUGAUUUGUCACCGUAUAGUCGAUCCAAUGAACGGUUUCUGGGUUGGUCUGCUGCUGGCCACUUUGCUCUUCUUGCCAACCUUGUGGGUGGCCCAUAAACUCAUGUGCCUCUACAAAAAGAUCGAUCCCUAUGUCGCCCCGGCACCCACUGUCGUCGAAGGCGGCAGCGACUACUUAUAUGACGCCUAUAGCGAGCGCGAACAUAUGCCAUUGGCCAAUGUACCGAAGAAACGGCGCAAAGGUUAUGAUCGUCGACGCGAGCAGCAGGAGUUCUAUGAGGACGCUUCGCCCAGCGGAUCGCGUGGCGCUCGAGCCGAAGGACCAGGCAGCAGCAAUAUGCGCUACAAUGACAUGGCCCCCAAGCAUUGGGACCAUGAGCCGCCACGCUACCACAAUCCGCCAGAGGCACCACCGUCCUCCGAAUACGAGCGCCCACCACCAUACUAUUAUCCGGGCGCUGCCGAGCAGGACUAAAUGAACGGAUGAAUUAAUGCAAUGGGCCGCCGCAUCAGCAGCAGUAGCAGCAGCAAAGCUUUAAAGACGACAAGGACAAGAUAAAGCAAUUAAUUCAAUUUUAACCAGAACUUGAGUUUUUUCGAUAAGCCAAACCGACGUACCCCUUAUAGUGAGACUGUAAUUUUAGUUGAAAGCGUGAAUAAUGCAAAUAAGUACUCAUGUUUAAUUUAACAAAGCCGUAGGCUAACCAGGCCUAGUGUAAUUUAAUUUUAUUUCAAUGGUAGGUUUCCCCAUCUGUACAACCCGAAAGAGAAAAACAACAAACUAAAUAAUGGAAUGUGUAACGACA